UAUUAUACAACAAGACAAAGCAAACAACAAAUUUGGGUUUUUUUCUCCCCCGUCACACGGUGCUUGCAGCACAAACUCCCGACUGAAAUUGCAUUUUAUUUGCAUUUCUCAGCUUUGGGGACAAUGCAUCAAUACUGGCCAAAGUAUCUAGUGGGGGCAUCACUUCUGUUUGUGGUGUCGGUCUGUCAGUGCGCCUUGGCCAAUAGCGACACCUUGGCUCCAGCAGAGGUCUGGCAGAACAAUGGCACUCUGUAUGCAGCAUGUAAAAUGAGACCAAGCUCCUUGCUAGCUGUAGGUUUGCCCAAAGUCUAUGGCCAAGUGCUUUUUAAGCAGGAUUAUCCUCAUGGAAAGCUCAAAGUCCUUCUCCGGUUCCAUGGAUUCCCCGGGGGGAGUGAGCCAGAGCCCAGGGCUGUGCACAUUCAUCAGUAUGGAGAUCUGCAGCAGGGGUGCGACUCCACUGGAGGCCAUUACAACCCUCGAGGUGUCACUCACCCCAACCACCCCGGAGAUUUUGGACACUUUGCACCACAACAAGGCAAAAUUCAUGCAAUGUUUGAAUCUGAGGCCGUCCUAUUUGGCAGUCUGUCUGUGCUGGGAAGAGCAGUGGUGGUUCACGAGAAGAAGGAUGACUUUGGCCUCGGGGGGGACGCUGGCAGUCUGCUUCAUGGAAAUGCAGGGCGCAGGCUCGGCUGCUGCGUUAUUGGGAUUACCUCCCCCAAUCUCUGGAAUAUGUACACCAGGAUGAGCAAUAGGCGCCUGCGGAGGGUUUAAGUCGGCAUUAUUGCGGAUUCGUCGUCAUGCAUUGUAUUAUUGAAGUUUUUGAUGCAUGUACUUAGUAUGACAAAUGAAAAACAAGAUGACAAAGUCUAAUAAAUCAUAAAAAAAUUUGGA